GGGCGGACAGGGCGCGGUGGCGAGGGGGAGCCAAUCAGUGGCGGGCAGGUAGGGUGUGACGCUGGGCGGCGAGGCGCGGUGACAGCUGCCGCGGGCAGCCUCCGCCUCUUCGCCGCGGGCUCCGGGCCGAGCAGCAGCAGCAGCAGCGGUGGCAGAUCAAUUACGACAUACCUGAAGUCAACAAUGUUUUCCAAGCUAAUCCGCUCCCAGAGCCUUGCUGUUCUCUGCAGAGGUGUUCAUGCUUCACUGAACUCUGCUACCUCAGUUGCUACUAAGAAAACGAUUCAAGGACCUCUAUCCUCUGAUUACAUCUUUGAGCGUGAGGCGAAAUAUGGUGCCCACAAUUAUCACCCGCUGCCUGUUGCUCUGGAGAAGGGAAAAGGUGUUUAUGUGUGGGAUGUUGAAGGCAGAAAGUACUUUGACUUUCUAAGUGCUUACAGUGCUGUUAAUCAAGGCCACUGUCACCCAAAGAUCGUGAACGCUCUGAAAGCUCAGUCUGAAAAACUGACCCUUACAUCUAGAGCAUUCUAUAAUGACGUGCUUGGUGAAUAUGAGGAGUUUGUCACCAAAAUGUUCAAUUAUAACAAAGUUCUUCCAAUGAACACAGGAGUGGAAGCUGGAGAAACUGCCUGUAAGUUGGCUCGCAAGUGGGCAUAUACUGUGAAAGGAGUUCCAAAAUACAAAGCAAAAAUUAUUUUUGCAGCUGGCAAUUUCUGGGGCAGGACAAUGUCUGCUAUCUCAAGUUCUACAGACCCCUCCAGUUAUGAUGGAUUUGGACCCUUUAUGCCAGGUUUUGAAUUGAUCCCAUACAAUGACCUCCCAGCUCUUGAGCGGGCACUUCAGGAUCCCAACGUAGCAGCUUUCAUGGUUGAACCAAUUCAAGGAGAAGCAGGUGUGAUUGUUCCUGACAAGGGUUACCUUACAGGAGUCCGGGACCUCUGCACAAAGCACAAUGUUCUGUUUAUUGCUGAUGAAAUACAGACUGGAUUAGCCAGAACAGGGAAAAUGCUAGCUGUUGACCAUGAAAACGUGAGACCUGAUAUAGUUCUUCUUGGAAAGGCACUUUCUGGUGGCUUAUAUCCUGUCUCGGCAGUAUUAUGCGAUGAUGAAGUUAUGCUGACUAUUAAGCCUGGUGAACAUGGAUCUACAUAUGGAGGAAAUCCCCUAGCUUGUCGUGUUGCACUGGCAGCGCUGGAGGUAAUUGAAGAGGAAGGCUUGGUUAAAAAUGCAGAAAUCAUGGGUAACAUACUAAGAAAUGAGCUCAUGAAGACACCGUCUGACAUUGUAACUUGUGUCAGAGGAAGAGGACUUCUAAAUGCUAUUGUAAUUCGGGAAACCAAAGACUACGAUGCCUGGAAGGUGUGUCUGCGGCUUCGCGAUAACGGGCUCCUCGCCAAACCGACGCAUGGCGAUAUCAUCCGGCUGGCCCCACCCCUGGUCAUUAAGGAGGAUGAAAUCAGAGAGUGCAUCGAAAUAAUUCAUAAGACCAUUCUGUCCUUCUGAACGCGUGGCUUUUCGAGUGUGUUUGGUGGCUGACCCGAGGUGAUCUGUUGACAUGUGUGUGAUGGAGGCCUGCUCGUGAAGCGAACGUCUUUAAUUCAUUUCGCCCAGGAGGACUUAACUCUUGAAAAUAAACAAUCAAAAGGGCAAGAAAAAAAAAAAUCUGUCUUCAAAUAAAAAUGGCUCUAAAGAAAAUAAAUGACGAUUUUAAAGAGCUUCCAAUCUUGGAACACUUUGGAAAUGAAAUUGCAAGGUUCUGUUUAUCUAGUCGGUACUUACUGAAUUACUAAGUCAGAAUAUUUGACGGAAGAUGUCCGUAGAAACCUGUUUAAUUCUUGAAAAUCUUGGCCAAAGUUUCACAUAUGAAUUUAUCUAUAUUUUAGUAAAGGUAGUCUUGAGCUCUCAUAGAACUCUCCAGGACACCAUGUCUGGCAUUUAUCUCUCCUGGUGAAAUGUCUGUAGUGUGGAAGCAUUUGCAGUUAUGGCUGAAUUUCUGUUACUCAUUUGUAGCUUUAAAAAAAAAAAACAAUCCUAAAAUGCUGUAGAUUUGACAAACCAGUUGUUACGCUGGUGUACAAGCAUCAGGCUGUAUUCUGUGUGCAAAGUAUUUUGAUUGUAUAACAAGAGUUGCUAUUUUCUAGACUGGUCUCAGUGUUUGGCUUUGCGGUCUUGUAAAAUAGAUCUGAGUGUACAGAUCUGUUUUCACUGUUAUAAAACUUUCUAUAAUCUGAAUGUUUAUAUUAAAACAUGCCUUGCAUUAAAAAGAAAGUUCAUGUGCAAUUUAAAUCUGCAAAGUAUUAAAAACAGCAAGCCUCA